ACAAGUACGCUUCGCUCAGCUUACAUGUGUAUAGGAUAAUUAGCUUAGUGUAAACGUGGGAGAAGUUUCGAAAUUCAGAUUAUCUGCUUGAGUUUUAAUCGGUAACGUUAGACUGAAUGCCAUUACUAACGUUGUUUAAACUGAACAGAAGUAACUGACAGUACCAACGGCAGCGACAAUCUGACGGUAACGUCUGUCUGGGUCCGCCUUUGACCGAGGGUGCAACUCUGCCCUAGCUUACUAGAACAAGUUGUUCUUGUCCGAUUUAAUCAUGGACGCGGUGGUGAAUUUCACAAGCCAGAGUCAAGGAAGGGACCGCAUAUUCAGGGCGACCCAGUAUGCCUGUGCACUGUCGAGAUAUUUACUGAGAAACCACACGGAAAGAAAGGACCUUGUGGCGAAACUUAAAAGUCUGGAAACCAACAUGAGCGCUGGACGAAAAUUGUUCAGGCUGGGAAACACAAUAAAUUCCAUUGAGGCUGCUAAGCGAACCAUGCGACUCUCUGACCGAGUGCUGUGCCUGUGCCUCACCGCAGCCAAUGUGAGUCGCGCCCUCUACUUUAUCUGUGACAAUGUACUUUGGGCCAGAAGUGUCGGUCUUAUCCGCGAUAUCGACAAGGAACGCUGGAGCGUAAACUCCUCCCGCUUCUACUUCCUCUCGCUAGUCAUGAGUCUGACCAGAGAUGUUUACAUGGUUCUGCAGUUGAUGGCAGAGAGAGCGAGAGAUAAACAUUUUAGGCAGAAAAUGGAGCUGCAUCUCAAUGAGAGUCCUGAAGUAGCUGAAGCUGUCAUCCCUCAGCUGGAUGCUCUUCUCUUUCUACUGUGGGAGAGCCUGAAAUCACAUCCUGCCGUUGCCUUGGACACGCUGAAAAAUAUAUGCGAUCUCUUCAUUCCCCUAGACAGGCUGGGUAUAUACCAGUCGAAUGCAGGAGUGGUGGGAUUUUGUGGUUUGAUUUCCUCCGUGAUUGGGAUUGUGACCCUCACACAGCCCAUGUUAAAACUCAAACCAUGAGGACAAGGGUAGGGGUGAUGUACUUUCAUCUACCUGGAGCUGUUGUGAUGGACUGAGGUCAACCUGGUGCAAAGUGAGAUGAGGGAACAUAUCACGGGCACAUCUUUGUUAGAACAGCCUGUGUAUUUUACACCUUAGGUCAGCAAUCACUGAAGCCAUGAUUGGAUUUGAUUGUUUUGUAACAGAUUGUUGAUUGAUUGAUUGAACUGAUUGCAUCAUACUUUUGAGACACAAAAUUACCUCACAUUAAAUGGGGACCAGUUAAAGUUCAGAACACUGGUUUUAAAGGGAGAAAAUCAAGUUUACAUAGAAGCCUUGUUUAUUUUUUGUAACUUAAAAGAGGCACAUCUAAACCUGUGUGCAUUUCUGUCUUCUCCAACACUACAUAUAACACCAGCAGACAGCUUUGUGACGACUAUACUUGAAAAAAAAAGGGCUCCUUUGUUGUGUGCACUUGCUUUUGCACCUAUCUCUUAAAAACAGUAAGAUCUUAAUCUGAGUGGCGUCACUACUUUAAAGGAAUGCUUAACACACAAAAUGACCUUUUGUAAACCAGUCAGUCAUGCUGCGUUACCUUGAGUUAGUGAAGAAAACUUCUUGAAUGCCUCCACGGAAAACGGCAAACAUAUGAAUUUGUGAUUGCUUGGGGACCAUGUUUAACAGCAGCAAAACUACAACAAAACAUGCAUCAUAAUCCAAGUCUCCUUUAUGCUGUCAUAUGCUAAGGCCUUUGCACACUGAGUUGUUUUCUUUUUACCAUUCAUCCAAAAAAAAUUGUUACACACAGAAACCUUACACAGUGAUUCCGAUGCAUUUUAUUGCUAUGUUUGGUGUGAAAAUUCACAAUACGUGACAAGGUGAAAAGACACUCCUCUCCUCUCUCUCUCUCCACUGGAGUUACCUGUCUGGCUGUCAUCACUCCCCUCCUGUCUCGCAUUUGGUGCCGCAGCUGCAUGAAGGCGAAGCUGUGCUCCCUGUCUGUCUCCGCAUUCUUUGUGCGAUCCACAUCCUCCUUCUCAUCAUCAUCAUCAUCAUCAUCCACCUGAACAUUACUAUCUGGCCUGUUGAAAGUAGCUGUCUGUAGUUAUGACAUGCUGCUGUGCACCCCGUUUAUUUGUCUUGUCGCAGCUGUGUCCCACCGCCACAUCUGAUUCUUGGUCAGACGUCUCUAAAAACUUCUGACGGAUGUGGAAAAACACGGAAAAUCAAAUCUGUUCAGAAAAUUUUAAUGACAGAUGAAAGUUUUGGACUCGGUGUGCAAACACAAUUGACACACUGUGAGCUUGUAUUUAUUUUUAGAAGUUCGACAAUUUCAGGUGAGAAAAUCUGACUCAGUGUGCAAAGGCCUUUACUGAAAUUGAAACUUAUCUAUGCUCUUUUCAAAGCCAGAUGUUUUAGUGAAAAUGCAUGUGUUUGGAAAGUACUGAUCGACAGCUGGAUAAAUGAGACUUGCAUUUCACUGCACGAGUUGUGUGACAGUUUGUAAAUGAAUACUUUGAUAUAAUUUUGCUGUUGUUAAAUGUGGUCCCCAAUCAAUCAUAAAUCAAUAUGUUCACUGUUUUCCAUGGAGACAUGCAAGAGAAACAAAGCUUUCUUUAAGAACUCAGUGUAACACGUUAUGACUCGCUGAUAUAUACAAAUGAUCAUUUUGUGGGUGAGGUAUUCCUCAGGUAUUUCCCUGUCUGUCUCUGCUCUCAGUUUUGUAACAAGAUGCUGCUAAAAAAUUUACCUCUUUAAUUCAAGUGAUGAAUAAGCUGCUUCUCAGCCCAAAGUGCUUUCAAAGGGGAAAAAGCAGCUGAGAGAUUUUCGGGUAGUAGGCCUUUGUCACAGCAGACUUUUUGACUUGUCAUUGGAGAAAAUCUUACUAAUAACAUGAUGGCUCUGCUCUUUUCAAGUGCCCCAUUGAGAAUGAUGGUGAGGGAACAUUCACUAUACAAGAACCCUUUAAUUCUGUGCUUUCCCUGCUGUGACAAGUUAAAAUGUCUUCCUUGAAAAAGCCUUUUCAUUGUACAUGCUAUUUAUGUUUCAUUCUGCUAUUCUGGGCUUUGACUGUCAGAUUAUAUGGUGUGUUCAUUUAAAGAAAUGAUUUAGAACAAAAAAAAAUAUGUAUAUUGUGAUAAAAGACACCCACGAUAAUGUGAUUACAAUUAAAUUAUUAAUAUAUUGUCUAGAAAUUGUAUGCUUGUAUAUGUAUGCUUUUUUAUCUUUGUGACAGACAAAACAAGUGUGCUUGGACAAGUUAAAAAAAACUCCAAAUUCCUCUAUGCAAUAAUGUGAAAUAUUAAGUGUAAAGCUGCGAGUGCACAUGCUUUUAUUAUCACAUCAUUUAGUUCUGAUGACGUACUGUUUUCACUGUCACAGUUGAUCAAAAAGGUAAUUAAAAAUAUGAAAUAAACUUAAAAUUGUUUUUAAAAACUGCAUGUUUUGUAUUUUAAUGUUAGUCAUAAAUUGAGUGGUGCUAAAUGGAAAACAGCUGUGGUUCAGUUCAGAAAUAGAGUAACACUGCCCUCUUGGGGGAAACACAAUGCUUUGCUGAAUUGAAAAGAGCUUUAUUUUUCAUUUAUACUGAGACGACAAUACUUUUUUUUUUUCUGAAAGCUUUUCUCAAGAGGAUGACAUUGUGAUAAAGCAUCCACCAUCAAAAAUUGCAAAAAUAUACUCCAUUUCCCUUUCACCAUACUUUGAGUUUUGCUGUGAAAAGAACGAACAAACAAUGCAAAGAUGAAUCCCAGAAAAGGACAAACACAUAGAAAGCAAUAAAUAAAGAAAUUUGUUCUCCUACGUAGAUCAAUUGCAGAGAUUCAUAACAGGCAAAAUGU